UUGCCCUCGAACGAAAGCUGAUGGACGAUAGUUGGUCUUAUUUCAUGAUUUGUAUGCAAGCAUACUUCCUCGAAAACAAGAAAAGAAAGGGAAGAAGAAAAGAAAGGAAAGAAUGCCCAGCUACUCUUCUGCUCCUCAUCUCUGAUCGUUCCCCUCACCUCGCUGGCUCUCUCGUACCAGACCUCCUUAACCACGCACCAGCCGGCAAGGGCGCGCCCUCCGGCGGCCGGCGACCGGCGACCGGCGACCUACUUCAAAGGAGCACGGAUAUCAGUAUGGCGGCCAGACGGAACAUUCCUUAUUCUGUUCUACCUACGGAGGACAGGGAUGAAGACAAUGUUGACCGCCGGUUCACAUACACUCCAAAAUCCUUGAGGAGAAUCCCGUGGAAGUCAAUUGCCCUAGCAUUGUUCCUCCUCCUCCUGGGAAGCUCUCUUCUGUUCCUUUCAUAUUUUAUAUCCACAGGUCACAUGGAGGGUGAUAGCUCUCAGGUGUAUGGUCUAUUGUUCCUGGGUAUCCUUGCCUUUCUUCCUGGAUUUUACGAGACGCGUGUUGCAUACUAUUCAUGGAGAGGAGCACCGGGGUUCACCUUUGCGGCCAUUCCAGAUUAUUAGGCCUCGAUUUUAACUCAUCUACUGGCUGUAAAGAUAUUGAACCGCAAGAGCAAAAAUGCGAAACUUCAUCGAGAAUGAAAUGAACACUUAUUGUUAUGUUUGUACUACAAAUAACUAACAUGUAGGCGAAGUCACACUUUCUGUUGAUUCUAUGUCAAGCAACAGCUUUGUUUCGUCAGGCAAGCUACAUGUGCUGCAGAGCUAAAGCUGCUCUUGCGCUUUGCUUGCUUGUGCAUUGCUAUGUAGAUUGAUGUUCUGGAGUCACCUGAGAUAUUAGGUUUAUGCCUCAAGUAUGUUAUAAUCUACAAAUAUAUUUUCAGGGCUU